UUAGCCACCUUCUGUGUUAGCAGUAACCAUUGGAUAACGCAAAAGCCAGUUUCUCAAGCCCAGCGUUAUCUACGUUUACCUAUAUUACGAUUAGCUGACUAAUGAUUACCCCUAGCGGUUUCCAUACAUUUACAGGAAAUAAACUGCAGAUUGGGCGUUGUAUUAUUGUAUCAGACCGUAGCGCUUACUAGCUCAAAUUACCGUUGCUAACUUAGCUUGUUUUUGAUCAACAAUCCUUUGCAGACUUUCCUCUUCCGCGCGCUGCCGGUUUCCUAUUAACUGAUUGGCGCUUGUGCUGUGAGGACAUUCCACAUGAUUGGGUACAUUUGAUGUCCAUCAUAUUUAACUCGGUGCCUAUUGGUUGUAAGUCUUGUAGUAAAUAACGAUCGGCAUAAACAGUGGCGCUUUCUUCUGGUUUCAUCGAUAGUGUUACAUUUGUGUGAAAGGGCUAAGUAAUUAUGUUUUCAGUUAAAAAGUCGGACUCGUUGCAUGACUAGAUCUUUAAAGUGCCCGCUUUUGCAUCUUAAUUUGCUAUUUAAUGGACAAUUUGUGUCGUACUGGCAUUUGCCACCAUGGUAACUUUCUUUUGUGGACAUGCCAAGUCAACAAAGACGGCCGGCGGAUGAUGUGGCCUUCGUCUUUCUAAGUUAACUGUUAUUUUACGCUGUAAUGAAAUCCAGUGGGCCUGUGUUUACAAGGAAGAAUCCCUUUCAACCAGCAUCCAGAGUGGGGAAGGCAUACUACCACCCAUCCCACAACCAGUCCCUGUCAAAUAAAAAGAAAAAAACAACUUUGAGUCCUGUACGCUCAAACCAGCGAUCCAGUCCACAAUUACACACUCGGAGCCCAGAGAGCCAACGGCUGGUUGAGCCACGUGGCCAACAUUUUUCCGCCUCGGAUGGACAACCUGUUUUUGCAGAGUCCUGGCCCUCCACUGAGUGUGGAUCUUCUCCUGCCAGCAGUACAACUUCAUCUGACAUGGAGACACAUAAACAGCCUGCAAGAGCAGGACAAUCCGCAGAUACCUCAGAGCUAGGAGUUCAGCAGGACUCCGUAAUGGCAAAGUACAUAGAUCGCUUUCGCCAUGGUCGACCGCAGAGUCGAGAAGAGCGCCAGCAGAUGCACUCAGCCAUUGGCGAGAAGCAGCUGCCUUUUUGGUGGAUGUCACCCUCAUCUUCACCCUGCAGUUCAACACCAACUAAAACAACAGACAAAGAUGGACCUGCCAUUUACAGUCCAGCCGGACAGCGCCGACACGACAGGUCCCUUUCCCCGUGCAGAGGAUCGCUUAGUAUUUUGUCAGACACCUAUCGGGGUGAAUUAGAUGACACCGAGAUCCUACACCUUCAAGAAAAGGCCAGCAGACUUCUGCUGAGAGGUGAAUGUACUCUGAGUGAUGGAUCUAUCCCUGUCAGCUCAGAGGGCCUGGAAUGCUCCGAGUUCUCUUCUCCAGUCAGUGUUGAUGAGCCAGCACGAAGACCUGUUAUUCCCAGUUUAAUAAGAUCUACUGACCCAGUUCAAGCUGUGUCCUCCUGUGUCAUUCCUUCACUGGUACCUCCCACACGCCGGGAAGAAGACAUCUUGUUCCAGUGGCGUUUAAGGAGAAAGAUGGAGCAGGCCAGGGAGUGGCCCCAGUCCCUGCAACAAUCCAGUCGGCAUGGUCCCACUUUUAGCUGGCAAGCCCCCAUUUCAAGCCAUCCUUCAGCCAGUGGACCGGCUUACAAGCAACAUCAGAGUACACAACGUCCUGAAUUCUCACACAAAGCUUCACAUUCGCACAUCACUGCUCCCCAGCCAGAGACCAAAGAAGCCCCCGGACCAUGUCCCCCAGUUUCAGGUCCACCUCCUGGCUCUUCAGUCUCUUAUCCCCAGACUGUUGCCCAUGUUCCUGCCCAUAUGCAUUUACUCUGUGAUGUCUUGCCCUGUCCCAUCCAGUCGUCUCAUGCUAACACGCAACAAAACAUUUCAGAAAGUGAAGAUGAGUCUCCGACAAAAGUUGUCCGAAAAAAGACACAGAACUCGGUGAACACCUUCACGGAUGAGAUUAUUUGUGAAUUUAUGCCAUCCCCACGACCGGCUUCAUCUGGAGCUAUAGAAGGAGCGGGGCUUAGUCGCCACAGAAGAUCUGAGAGGGAGAAUGCUCUGACAAGAGAGUCAGAGAAGAAUGCGAGGAAGACCGCUCCGUCCAUCAGAAAGCAGAAGAAAUCAACACGAUAUACUGCAGAUGGGGAACAUGCUGAUGGACCUGGCUCUACAAACAGGAGUUCUUCACAUCAAAGAGUUUCCUGUCAUAAGGUCAUGCCGUGGCCAGCGCACCAGCAACAGGAGGGAAGCCAGGGGAUUCCCAGUGAGCGCUGUACUGGCGAUCAUGCACCACCCUCUUCUCCAAUCCACAGUGCCUUAGGACAGGUAGUUUCAAAGGUAUUGUUUCCCACGGUGGAUUCAUCUCCAGCACAAAGGAACCCUGACUCGUCGGUUUCACCUACCUGCACUUCCUCUGCACCGCCACAUUCUUCAGUUCCGCCAUGCAAUGCACAGAACUCAAUGGAGGUCAUUUCACAGCUGCUGCAAGAAGCUGAAGAUUCAGAUGAAAAAGAGUUUGAAGAUGACCCUUUAUUACAAGUCCUUCGAAAGCAGAGAAGAUGGGUAAAGGAGCAGAUCAGUGAAGUGGACUCUGUGUUACAGAGCGACAAGUUACUUGAACGUUGACAAGAGGCACUUGAUGUAGUCACUUUUUAUUUUAUAAAGAAAUAAAAUAAUUUUGUUUUUAUUUUUGAAGAAAUAUUGCCACAUUAAAAAGUUUGGAGAUA